AUGGGGGGCAACUCCUCAUCAAUGCCAGAAGGUCCACCCCUGAGGAUCGUCCUGAUUGGGAAAACUGGAGUGGGGAAGAGUGCUGCAGGGAACACCAUCCUGGGGAGAAAGGAAUUUAAGUCAGAGACAAGUGCCAAUUCUGUUACACAUGAUUGUAAACCAGCAUCAAUUGAAGGGGAGCGGGAAAUACUGGUAGUUGAUACUCCCGGUAUAUUAGACACGGAUGAGGAUCAGACAGAGAGAAUUAAAGAGGAGAUUCUGAAAUGUAUCAAGGUCUCCACACCAGGUCCUCAUGCCUUCCUGAUGGUCAUGUCAGUGAGCCGCUUCACCAAAGAGGAACAGAAUGCAGUCAGGGCCCUCCAGGAGAUAUUUGGAGAGAGCGCAAAAAGCUACAUGAUGGUCCUCUUCACGCGUGGAGAUGAUCUGGACGGCAAACCAAUCAAUGAGUUUGUGCGCACAGGUCAUAAAAAGCUACAAGAGGUGAUUAGAAGCUGUGGGCAUAGGUUUCAUGUUUUUAACAACAAGAGCUAUGACAGAACUCAGGUAAUAGAGUUAGUCAAGAAAAUAGAUGAGAUGGUAGCAGCAAAUGGUGGAGAGCACUUUUCUGAGGAGAUGUAUAAAGAGACAGCCAGAGUUAUGAAGGAGAAGAACCUUGAAUGGAAUUCACCCGCAUUGAAUCAGCAUUUGUCCUACACUGGUAUCCUCUCUCAGAAGGUCAGAAGAUUCCAGAGCGUUCUCAGUGAGGAAUAGGCCUAUUAAAGGGACAAUCCAAUGUAAAAUUCAACAGUGCAAAACAGCUAUUUAAUCACGUCACGUGAUCAAUUGUGGCUUGAUGAUAAUGCUCCCAUUUACUUCCAGUGAUUGUUAUGCUAAUAAUUCUGAUAGUAACCCACUGAGAAAGAAAUGAUAUGUACAUUCUCGAAUAAUGCUUGGGAAUAGCCUACUGCAAAUAUGUGAAAAUCAAAAAAGGGUGUACUGUUCCUUUAAAGGUGCACUGUGUAGAAUGUGUCCAGAAUGGGUACUGCAACUAUGCUGCUCAUUGUGGCCAGAAUGGGUACUGCAACUAUGCUGCUCAUUGUGGCCAGAAUGGGUACUGCAACUAUGCUGCUCAUUGGAACAGUGCAGCCUAUUGCCAAAUUUGACCAUUUCACGAAUAUUUACUAAUUAAUAAAUAAAUAUUUACUAGUAUAAACA